AUGAACUACCUAACAUGUUUUUUACUCUUGUUGUUGCCUGCACUGUCUUCCUCCCAGUAUCUUGGGAACAUCCUUCUAACUAAUCGUAAGAUAUUCCCCAAACAAGAAGAAGCCGUUACCUCUUAUGCUGUGAUCUUUGAUGCUGGUAGCACUGGAAGUCGUGUUCACGUCUUCCACUUUGACCAGAAUUUAGAUCUCCUUCACAUUGGCAAUGAUCUCGAGUUUUACAAAAAGGUCACACCCGGUUUGAGUUCUUACGCAGAUGAUCCUGAAAAAGCUGCAGAAUCUUUGGUUCCACUUUUGGAGGCUGCUGAAAAUGUUGUCCCUGAGGAUCUGCAUCCCAAGACACCCCUUAAGCUUGGGGCAACGGCAGGUUUAAGGUUGUUGGAAGGGGAUGCUGCAGAAAAUAUAUUGACAGCGGUUAGGGAUAUGUUCAACAACAGAAGUACCCUGAACGUUCAAUCAGACGCAGUAGCUAUAAUUGAUGGAACCCAAGAAGGUUCAUAUCUAUGGUUGGCAAUUAACUAUCUAUUGGGGAGAUUGGGGAAAAAGUUUAGUAAGACAGUGGGAGUAGUUGAUCUUGGAGGUGGAUCAGUUCAAAUGGCCUAUGCUGUCUCAAGGAACACUGCAAAAAAUGCUCCAGUAGCACCUGAUGGAGAGGAUCCAUACAUAAAGAAGCUAUUUGUCAAGGGCAAAAAAUAUGAUCUCUAUGUUCACAGUUACUUGCACUUUGGUAAAGAAGCAUCUCGUGCUGAGAUUUUGAAGAUCACCAAUGGUGCAGCUAACCCUUGCAUUUUGGCUGGAUAUGAUGGGACCUACACAUAUUCAGGAGUGGAGUAUGCAGUGUACCCUCCAAUUUCAGGGUCCAGCUAUGACGCAUGCAGAGACAUAGUCCUUGAGGCUCUCAAAGUGAAGGAGCCAUGUUCCCACCCUAACUGCACUUUUGGUGGGGUAUGGGACGGUGGAAGAGGAAGUGGACAGAAAACUAUCUAUGCUACUUCAUCUUUCUAUUACCUGGCCUCAGAUGUUGGUAUCAUCGCUGCAAACGCACCCAGUGGCAUAGCUCGUCCUGUGGAUUUUGAGAGUGUAGCUAAGAAAUCUUGCGGACUAACAUUUGAAGAUGCCAAAAUCGCUUAUCCUCUUCUUACUGAAGAAAGAAUUCCAUGGGUAUGCAUGGAUAGUGUAUACCAGUAUACGUUGCUUGUUGAUGGAUUUGGUCUAGAUCCUUUUCAAGAGAUUACAGUGGCAAUCGAAAUUGAAUAUGAAGAUGCUGCUGUGGAAACAGCAUGGCCUCUUGGCACAGCCAUUGAAGCCAUAUCAGCAUUGCCUAAAUUUGAUCGGUUUAUGUAUUUCAUGUAA